AUGUAUUCCAUUCUUGUCAUUAAUAUCGCCUUCAGCGCUUUUCUUUGUUAUUCAACUACAAUGAUGAAUGUCGUGACGAUUUACGCUUUGAUGAAAACGUCCUUGCUAUCGAAACCUUUGAAAACACUGCUUUUUAGUCUGGCGGUUUCAGACCUCGGUGUUGGUUUUCUAGGUUUUCCUUUCCAGAUCGCUCAUUUUGUGGGCCAGAUAAGAUGCAAGAUUCCAAAUGGUGACACUAACUUCGCUUUUAGAAUCAAUGAUGCUGUUGUAAGCACACUUUUUAUGUGCUCUUUGUCCACCAUCGUGGCGAUAAGUGUUGAUCGAUUCAUCGCCAUCGAGAUGCCACUGCGAUACGAUACUAUAAUGACUCACAAGCGAAUUAUUGGAGCCAUCACGGUUAUCUGGAUAGUGAGUGCGACUUUUUCCAUUCUUUGCUAUAUGUUCGAAGCCAUUCCAGUUUUUUCGGCCUUCGUCUUUUUAGUAAUUAUAGAUUCAGUCUCUUUUCUAGUCACGACAGCAUCUUCCUGUAAGAUAUAUAUAACUCUUAGACGACACAAGAAGAAAAUGGAGAACGGAAGACAUCAAUUUCAACAAAGCGCUGAAAAUAAAGUUUCAAGAUCUGGAAGCGGGAAG